AUGGCGCGUUCAAAGUCGUCCAGUGAGAGUCUACCAUCGACAUCUUCACCCACCGAAAAACCUCCGGUCGUUCCUAACGAGCAAGCUGCGCCCAGUCCGGAAGUCGUUGUCAACAGCAACGAGAAGGACGUCGAAGCCGCACCACCAGCACCGCCACCAAACUUCCUUGGCAAUGUACCGGACGGUGGCCUCCAAGCAUGGCUUCAAGUCGCAGCUGGAUGGAGUCUCUUCUUCAACACAUGGUUCGCAUCGUGCUUCAAUCGCUUUCGUAAUCGAGCUAACAACUCCGGCGUUAGGGGAAUUCUCAACACUGCUAGUCUACCCGCCCUUGGCGAUNNCAAUUCGCUUAACUGA